AUGACACCACCAAUUCGUGCAUCAAGUCUUCUUAAAUGGAAAGAUCUUAAUGUCUCACCCAAUGAAUUGCGUCUGGACACUUUAAGAUGCGGACAGAGUUUUCGAUGGAAGCAAAACAAUGGCCUUUGGUCUUGUGUAUUGAACGGUAGACUGGUGGUUUUGAAAGAAACAGACACUAGUGUUAUGUAUGGAGAGUGGGAAGAAGACAAGACAAUCGAAAAAGAUUUGAGAGACUAUUUCCAGUUGGACAAAGUAUCCUUGUCAGAAUGUUAUGAGAGAUGGUCUGGUAUAGAUCCUAAUUUCAAGGUCAAAGCCAUGGGGCUGAAAGGAAUUCGUAUUCUCAGACAGGACCCUUGGGAGAAUCUUGUGUCGUUUAUCUGUUCAAGUAAUAACAACAUUUCCAGAAUAUCACAGAUGGUCAACAAGCUAUGUGUCCAGUUUGGGCCCAAAGUGGCGACUAUGGAUGGAGAAGGAUUUUAUGCAUUUCCUCCGUUGGAUAAGCUGAUUGGAACUCAAGAUCAGCUAAGAGAACUAGGGUUUGGAUAUCGUGCAAGAUAUAUUGCUCAGACAGCAGCUCAGAUUGCAGCCGAACAUCCAGAUCAGAAAGAGCAAUGGUUGCAUACAUUGAGAAAUGUUUCGUUUGAUGAAGCCAAAACUGCACUUAUGAGAUAUCCUGGAGUGGGACCAAAGGUUGCCGACUGUGUGUGCCUCAUGUCAUUAGAUCAGCAUGAAGCUAUUCCUGUCGAUACACACGUGUGGCAAAUUGCGAUGCGUGAUUACCGCUUCAACCUCACUGGUGUCUCUAAAACCAAGACUUUAACGCCUGCUCUGUACAAAGCAAUUGCGACCAAUUUCCGUGAUCUGUUUGGCAGCUACAGUGGUUGGGCUCACUCUGUUCUAUUUACCGCUGAUCUGCGAUCAUUUGAUGAUAGAAUUAUAAAGGAAAAGAAAGAAAAGGCCGUAAAGAAGGAGGCAUUGAUUGGUGAAGUUGUCUUGAAGAAGCUAAUCGUCCCAGAUCCAGUGUUGGAUCAAGACAAUGAGCAUGAUACACAUGUCCGACGGUCGAAGCGACAACGUAAAAAUACGAUUGGAUAG